GGUGUCUAUUGAUCUACGUUUUUAGCAUUAAGAGCAAACCAGAUCAAAGUAACCACCUUUUCUUUUCAUCUUAGCGGACUUAGAGAGAGGAAGGAGAGAAAGAUCACCGAGCUCGGAAAGACCUGACAAGGUGAAGCUCAACGCAGUUGUUGAGAAGAUCUUAGAGUUCGAGCAGAGAUCCCUCUCGCAGUUUAGAGUCAUAGCUAAUCAAGGAGAGGGCAUCAAGAUCAUUGUGUAUUAGCUGGAUCUCGGACAUGUUAAUUAGAUCCAGACCGGGUUCCGCAAUCAGGUCGUUGUGGAUCAAAGAGAGCGAAAAUUCCUAAACUUUUAAGCGCAACUUGUUUCAAGCUUACUUCUUUCUCUCAGGAUAUUUUUCGCAUGGUUCUGUGGCAGCCACCAGCCUGUCCAUUUUCAAUCCCCAGGUGACAAUAACCCAUUUCUUUUUCCAUUCAUUGUACAUGCAACGAUCUUCCAAUUUCUGGUUCUUCAUCUACGUUCUUUUUGGUUUGUGUAGCCCUUGCUUUAUUUUGGAGGUUUUUUCAAACAGUCUGACGUAAAUCCAAAAACCACCUUAUCGUCCAAAUAAAGAUUUAAAAAAAUGGCAGUCAACGACGAGUCAAAAAUGGUGGCUGCCGCCAAGAACGCGCGGAAGGCGGCACUGGAGCUCGCCCAGCUUUCGGAAGAAAAGAAGAACGAAGUCCUGAGAUCGUUUCGCACCGUCCUGGUGGAAAAGAAGGAUGCGAUUCUGGCCGCAAACAAGGAAGAUGUAGAGGAAGCUUCGAAACUCGCAGACGCUGGCAAACUGUCCCACACCUUACUCCGGAGGCUCAGUCUAGCAGGGACUAAAUUUGACACGCUUCUCGAAGGUCUAAACCAAGUUGUCUCUCUGGAAGAUCCAGUUGGGAAGUGCACCUACGCAAACACAAUAGCAGAGAACCUGGAACUUUACCGUGUCACAUGCCCAAUAGGCGUUAUGUGCGUUAUUUUCGAGGUACUCCUAAUCCUACUGCAGCUGUAUAGACAGUACCAUCCGUCCUGCUUCGGAAUCGCAGGAAAAGAUCUUCGAGAGUUCUUCUUCUUGUAUAAGUGUAUCAUUAAUAUAAAUAUGGAAUCUUUAUUUGAACAAACCUUGAGGACUUAGUGAAAAUUAUUUCUGCACAUCUUAAUCUUUAUUAACAUCGCUUUUGAAAAAUAUUAUAGGCCCGACCCGAAGCAUGCGUGCAGAUCGCUUCGCUCGCAUUGAAGAGUGGCAACGCUCUGCUCCUGAAAGGCGGCAAGGAAGCGGCACGAAGCAACCGGAUAUUGACGGAAACUCUUCGUGAAGGUUUCUCGCGGGUUGGGGGAGCGUCUUCAGAUAUGCUUCAGUUACUCGAGGCCCGCGAAGACGUUUCAGCGAUCCUAAAGAUGGAUCAAUACAUCGAUCUGGUGGUACCAAGAGGUGGAAAUGCUCUUGUGAAGUAUAUCAAAGAAAACACUAUGAUCCCAGUAUUGGGCCACGCAGACGGCAUCUGCGCAGUCUACCUAGACAAGCAUUGCGACAGCGAAAAAGCGGUACUGCAUGAUCAUGAUCGUUUUUCUUGUCUAGGUAUAAAGAAAUGAAAAUUUAGUAGAAGUAGGUACGAUGAUGUUAUUUUCAUAGAUUUGUUGAAAUGUAUAGACUACAGUGAUUAUCUCACACAGGCCCGAAUAGUUUGCGAAUCGAAGACGGGCUACGUAUCCGCUUGUAACGCUCUCGAGACACUACUAAUUCACAAAAACCUGUUGCUCGGAAAGGAAAAAGAGCAAGCCGCAUUUGCUUCUUCGUUACUCAACCCAUUCGCGCUUCGUGAGCACACGACCGAAUUCAGGUGUGACAAGCGCUCUCUGAUCGCCUUCCAAGCGGCUCUGGACGAAAAACCUGAGCUAGCGAAGAAGAUCAUACUUAAUUCGUCGAGCGAGGAGGACUAUCGUACAGAGUUCCUCGACUAUAUCCUGGCUGUGAAAGUGGUUGAGUCGACAAGUGAAGCCGUAGCUCACAUUAACGCUUACGGAUCAAAGCACACAGACGCAAUCGUGACAGAGAGUACAGAAGAGUGCGAACUGUUCAUGAACGGCGUGGACAGUGCGGAUGUUUUUUGCAACAGCAGCACCCGUUUCGCAGACGGGUUCAGAUUCGGGUUUGGAGCCGAGAUCGGCAUCAGCACGAAUAGAAUUCACUCACGUGGACCCGUUGGCUUAGAUGGCUUAGUCCUCUACAAAUAUCGCGUCUACAGCGCUGGGGAAAAAGGACACUGCGUGGCGGAUGUAGCCGGCAAGCCAGCCAGCGAGGGUGGAUUCGCUCACACGAAGAUUCCAGGUGCAGAGGGUGCUAGAUUAGACGACUUUCUGGCGCAGAGAAGGCGGAAGCGAGAAGCGGAAGUCGAUCAUGCUCAAACACGAGCGGAUAAACGUCGGAAGUCAUCGUAA